AUGUUUUCCAAUUUCUCAUUAGAUAAGAUUACCAAUUCAUUGGCUACUGCAGCUCAAAAGACAUCAGACACUUUAAGUAAUGCUAUCACCACAGCCACAGAUCCAGCCACGAAAUUGUCAUUGAGAUCACAAAAAAGAUUAUUUCAAGAAUCUAUCGGUACUGUACAUGAUAUUUCUACAUUACCGGAACAAUAUACUACCUUAGAGGCACGUACAGAUGCUCUAGAGAAAUGUUUGAGAAGAAUAUUGAUUGUUUCUAAGACUUUUGAAAUGGAAGGAUAUGAUUAUCCUCCUAAUUUAUCGGAAAGUUUCUCUGAUUGGUGGUCCUUGAGUAGCAAGAAGAAGAAGGAACAAGAGAAGGAAGAUAAAAAGGGGUUUUUGCCCAGAUCAUUUGCCCAAGCUAUUUCCAACUCGGCUGAAGACUGCGUUGAGAUUUAUCAACAUGUAAAUGAUGGUGACGAUGAAGAUAAAGAGGAGAAUGCCAAUAACGAAGAAGAAAAUGAAGAAGAGGACGAGGAAGAUGAAGAUGUGAAGAAUUUGAUAAAGACUUUUGACUCAUGGGCCAAAUGUUACAAGAAUAUUGAUCAAGGUAAAGCAGAAAUGGAUUCCAUGAUGAUGAAAGAAUUUAAUGCUAAAUUGGAGAAAUUACUUAAUGAAGAAUUUAAGAAAGUACACACUUUACGUAAAAGAGUCAAGGAUUCAAGAUUAAAGUUCGAUACAGUCCGUUAUGAAUUAAAGGUAAAGGAAGAAAAGGCAAAGAUCGCUGAAGCUGCUGCCUCGAAUGCCGCUGUUACAUUGACUACUACAGAAGAAGAAAAGCCCGAAGAGGAGGAAAAACCCACAACAGAUAUUAAAAAGGAGGAAGAUAGUACGAUUAAGGAUGAAUCAGCCUCUAAGGAGGAACCAAUUGCUAAGACUCCUUCCAAAGAAGAUACUAAAACUAAGAAGGAGGGUAAACCAGCAGAGAAGAGUACAGAAACAGCAACUGAAGCCACAGAAGCAAAGGAAAAAGCACUACCAAAGGUUCCAACAACGGAAACUGAGGAAACUGGUGCUGAAUCUGCAACUAAAGUGGAUGAAGAAAAGGCCUCUGAAGAUAAAAAAACAGACAAAGCAAUUGAGGAUGACUCUGAAGAACAUAAAUUAUUAGAACAAUUAGAAGAUACAUUUGUAUCCAGCACAGCAUCAGCUGUGGAAAUGAUGGAAGAAAUUACUGAUAGUUCAGAAAUUAUUGGGUUAGUCAAGUUGUUUCAAAACUUUCAAUUGGUCUACUACAGACAAUGUGUUCAAGAAAUUGAAGCUAAUUUGAAGACUCUUAACGAAUUAGAAAUCUAA